AGCAGACGCGCAUCUUCAUGCAGUCAGAACAACGACGAGUUAGCGAAGUAUUUUCAUAACAUUUUUGAACUUUUUAUUAUACCACACUGACAUGGAUUACAUAAUCACGAACAGCAGCUUAAAACGACACGGAUGAUAUGCGGAUAAAAUCAUGGAGUUUCUGGAAAUGACAUUUUGAAGUCGGUAUAUUUUGCUAGGUGUUCCCUGGUAGCUAGUGGAUUUGGACAGCAUCUUUGGAUUUUUUUUUCGCUGAACGAUUUCAAUCCUGUGAGCUGAUGGAGUAUUUUAAAUCAUCGAUAGUUUAUUUGAGGCUGGUUUAAUUCAAGUUUGUCGGCGAGUUUUAAAAAACUGGAAUCGCGUCUCGCCGGUAUGGUGCGCCUGCUCAAUUGCCUGGUUCUGGGGUAUUUGACAUGGAAUCUGCGAAUAUCUGAAGCCCGUGGAGAGUACUGUCACGGCUGGCUGGACAGCAGUGGGAAUUACCAUGAGGGUUUUCAGUGUCCGGAGGAUUUCGACACGGCGGACGCGACGGUGUGCUGCGGGAGCUGCUCGCUGCGCUACUGCUGCGCGGCGCCGGACGCGCGCCUCGAUCAGGGAACGUGCACGAAUGACAGAGAAGUGGAGAACAACACGCAAUAUGCUGCCCAGCCAAUCUACGUGCCCUUCCUGAUGGUGGGAUCCAUCUUUGUGGCGUUUGUGGUGGUGGGUUCUCUGGUGGCAGUGUACUGCUGCACCUGUCUGCGACCCAAACAGCAAACCCAGCAGCCAAUCCGCUUCUCUCUGCGCAGCCAAGGAGAAACCAUCCCCAUGAUCCUCACCACAGCUCCACCCAGCCUGCGAACGCCAUCCCGCCAGUCCAGCACCGCCACCACCAGCUCCAGCUCUGCGGGUGGAGGGAGCUCGCUCCGCCGCUUCUCCCUGGGCCGCAGUGAAACGAUGGGUCAAUGUUCACAACAUCAUCAACACCAACAGCAGCAGCUCAUGGCGGUUUCAUCUUCAUCAGCAUCCACACCCACACAGCCUCUGUUACCUCCGCCUCCUCCGCCAUACACCACUAACUCUCUGCAGCAUGCACACACUCACAGAGAGCUGCAGCUCCACCAUCAGACCCUGCAGAGCUCCGGCUUUCUCCUACCGCAGCAGUUCUUCUUUCCUAUCCCACAGGAGCCCUUCUCCACCAACAAGAGCUUUGCAGACUUCAGUCAGAGCUGACCUGUGACCUCGGGACGCACCAAAACACUAGCACAAGGGGAACAACGGAAAGUUGUGAUAUGUUGCCAAGCACGGUGACCCAUAUUUAGACCUGGGACUUGAACUUAUGACCUUCUGAUCUCAAGUCCAACUCUCUAACCAUUUGGAUAAGCACAUGCGUCCUUCGGAUGCACCAGACACCAAAUACUAGCCUUGCCUUGCUCAAGUUGUGGUAUUGAGAGUGGUAGGAGUGCUUCCACAAACUAGGACUCAAACCUGCAACCUUCUGUUCACAAGUGCAACUCUCUAACCAUUUGGGACUUGCAAGCUACAGAUGCACUGGACACCAAACGCAAGAACAAUGGGAAAAAGUGAACGUCAUGACAUGUUGCCAAGUACGGUGACCCAUACUUGGAAUUUGAGCUCUGCAUUCAACCCAUCCAAGUGCACACACAAGGUGAACACACACCUGGAACAGCUGGGGAAUUGGUGCCUUCCUCAAGUUGUGGUAUUGAAAGUGGUGAGAGUGCUGGUUAUUCACUCCCACCACUUGGGACUCGAACCUGUGACCUGUUCACAGGGCAACACUCCAACCAUUCGGCACUUGCAAACACCAAAUACUAGCACAAAGGGGAAAAGUCAUGACAUAUUUCCCAUGGUGACCCAUACUCGGAAUUUUCACUCAAUCCAUCCAAGGGUGCACACACAACAGUGAACAUACACAGUGUGCAGGCAUUGAUGUGGCACCUCAGGAGCAGUUGGGGGAUUGGUGUCUUGCUCAAGCCAUGGUUUCGAGGGUGGUGAUAAUGCUGGUUUUUCACUUCCACCACUUGGGAGUCAAACCUGUUACCUUCUGUUCACAAGUGCAACUCUCCAACCAUUCGGCACUGGCAACCUCCAGAUGCACCACACACCAAACACAAGCACAAAGGGGAAAAGUCAUGACAUAUUUCUCAUGGUGACCCAUACUCGGAAUUUGCAUUCAACCCAUCCAAGGGUGCACACACAACAGUGAACAUACACAGAGCAGUGUGGAGGCAUUGAUGUGGCACCUUGGGAGCAGUUGGGGGAUUGGUGUCUUGCCCAAGCCAUGGUUUCGAGGGUGGUGAGAGUGCUGGUUUUUCACUUCCACCACUCGAAACUCAAACCUGUGACCUUCUGUUCACAAGUGCAACUCUCUAACUAUUCGGCAACUUCCAGAUGCACCAGACACCAAACACUAGCACAAAGGGGAAAAGUCAUGACAUAUUUCCCAUGGUGACCCAUACUUGGAAUUUGCAUUCAACCCAUCCAAGGGUGCACACACAGCAGUGAACAUACACAGAGCAGUGGACAGGUAUUGGUGUGGUGCCCCAGGAGCAGUUGGGGGAUUGGUGUCUUGCUCAAGUUGUGGUAUUUUGAGCGUGGUGAGAGUGCUGGUUAUUCCUCCCACCACUUGGGAACCUGCGACCAACUGUUCACAAGUGCAACUUGCUAACCAUUCAACACUUGCAACCUACUGAUGCACCGGACACCAAACACUAGCACAAUUGGGAAAAGUGAAAGUGAAAGUCAUGAUAUAUUUCACAUGGUGACCCAUACUCAGAACUUGUGAUCUUCAUUUAACCCAUCCAAGGGAGCACACAGAGCAUUGAACACACACACACACACACAACUGGAGCAGUGGGCAGGCAUUGUUGGGAAGCUCGUGGAGCAGUUGGGGGCUCGGUGCCUUGCUCAAGCUGUGGUACUGAGGGUGGUGAGACUACUGGUUAUUCACUCCCAUCACCUGAGACUCGAUCCUGUGACCUUCUGAUCCCAAGGGCAACUCUCUAAACAUUGGUCAAUUGCGACCUUCAGAUGCACCGAACACCAAACACUCGCACAAUGAGAUAAAGUGAAAGUUGUGACGUAUUACCAAGUACAUUGACCCAUACUUGGAAUUUGUGCUCUGCAUUUAGCUAAACCAAGUGCACCCACAUAGCAGUGAAUGCACAUACACACUGAACACACAGCUGGAGCAGUGGACUGGCAUUGGUGCUGAUGCCCGGGAAGCAGUUGGGGGAUCGGUGCCUUGCUCAAGGUUUGGUAUUGAGGGUGGUGAGAGUGCUGGUUAUUCACUCCCAUCAUCUGGGACUCGAACCUGCAACCUUCUGAUCACAAGUGCAACUCUAACCAUUUGGCAUCUGCAACAUCCAGAUGCACUGGACAACAAAUGCUAGAACAAUGGGGAAGAAAUGAAAGUCAUGACAUGUUGCCAAGUACAGUGACCCAUACUCGGGCCUGUGACUCACACUUACAACCUUCCGGUCACAAGUGCAACUCUCCUAACCAUUAGGCCACUACUGGCCCAAUGGUGUUGUUGAAGACUCUCAAAUGCAUCUUUCAGCCUGAUUGGCACUUGCGAGGGUAUAGCUGGAGAUUUCCAGAGGUCUGGACUGGAGUCAAUGACUUGCAACUUGACUUGGACUCGAGUCACAAAAUUGAUCAAACAAGACUCGGAUUGGAUUCGAAACUUGAUGACAGACUUGCAGUCAGGUUACUUGACAUGAAAAACAAUGAAUUGGUCUCAACCCUGCUUGAAAUAAGCAGUCAGUUGACUUGCUUGAGUCUCACAAACAUUGUCUUGACUUGAUUUAGACUUGAGGUUAAGACUCAGGGCUUACACUUGAUUUGGUCCCACCUCUGGAGAUUACCGGGCAAUGAAUCUGACAGAUGUUCACGUGCUGGAUCCAGCUAAGCAGAAGUAACAUAUUUUUACAUCUACUGCUUAUAUGAUCUGGUUAUAUGAGGAAAGUAUUGAGAAAGCAGCUGAAGCUCCUCCGAACAUUCAGCCUCUGACAAUCCAAGUCCUAUUUUUAGGGGUUGUGAAUGGAAAGGGACAGAUUAAAUGUGUCAUCAACUGCCUUUUUUGGGUUUUGUACUGUUCUCUGGGGUCCAUUUAUAAUAUUAUGAAGACAUUCACAAUAAAUAAUUUUGAUGUAAUAGUCUA